AUGUGUCACCUCUUCAACAUCCUGUUGGCUUUACUGAGCCGUUUCCUGUUUGCCGUCCACGGCGUGGUAACAGUGUGGCGUGUGGUGGUCGUUAAAGGGGAGCCUCUCUAUUGGCUGUUGCUGACUGGCGUGGCUCUGCUGGGCGUGGAAAUGGCCGUCACACUGAAGUGGACCAGGAAUGCAGAGUGGAAAUGGUUCUCCCCCAUGGUUUUCCUUUACCUCAGCACUGUCAUACCAUCCAUUUGGUUUCUGGAGCUCAGCUUGCUGCAGUCCAAGCUGCCUGUCCACAACUCCUCAGGACCCGAGCUUCAUUUGCUGACUCACAUCCCGAUCACAGCGGGUAUUGUGGAGUUGGAACCAGAGAACUGGGUUGCUGGACUAGAGCAAACCAUGCUCAUCGUGCUGGUUCUUGGCCGAUGGCUGAUGCCCAAGGGCGACAUGUCGCGGGACCAACUGUCCCAGCUCCUCAUGGUCUAUGUCGGACUAGGGGCGGACAUCCUGGACAUCUUUGAUACCUUCAAGGAACCCGAGGUGAAAACCAACCGCUCUGUCGUCAUCGUGGGUCUGGCCCUCUUCUCGUGGGCGAUCAUGCAGUUUCCUUUGGUGCUCACCCAGAAGCAACACCCGAAGGGUGAGUCUCCUCAUGGGGGAUUGUCAGACCUUUUGUGCUGCUCUGGAGCUCCAGGGGUCUCCACCUCCUGCUGCUCUAGUGAAGUGUGGAGCUUGCUGCUCACUGUUGGACUUCAGGACGGCCCAUUCCUGAUCUACCGUCUCUACCUCAUGGUUCAGGAGCAGGUACUGAACCAGCUCAUGAUCUUCUUCACCUGCAAGAACAUCCUCAUCGUUCUGCUGGAGCUUUACCGAAUCGUUGUGGUUCAGUGUGAGCAGCAGGGAGCAGCUGGACUGGGUUUGGAGAAGUGCAAUGCUCUGGAGCUCUGCCGUCACACCCACGGGGGUGAGGAGGUGGGAGAGCAGGAGCAGCCGGGGGACACAGGGAGAGAAGUGGGGGGUAGAGAACAGAUCUGUCACACAGACACCGUGGGGGAGACGGAGGGGGAGGGAGAUCAGAACAGUGCCAGGGCAUGAAAAAUGACUUUGGUCAUCAGAGAGGUGAUGGGAGAAAGGAUGGGAGUUCUUUCAUAAACUGCCACAGUUCGAACUCUUGGGGGAGUCAGUGGACGAAAAUUGACCACUGUGGGAGUUAAUAAGUCAUCACCAUGGAGAUCAGACAUUCUUUUGAUCGAUGACGCUGUGAGAAGAGGUUCCUCCACAAAUGGAACAAAAUCACAAAAAGAAUCUCAUCAACUAUCUGCGUGUCUCGUAUCAACAGAACUGGCACAUCAUUUUUUACCUUUUACCUGUUUACCUUUGAUACCUCAGUAAAAGAAAAUAACUUGUAUGUUUUUGUUGUUUUUUCAAAUAAAGUAGUAAAAAUAAUAAUUCUAUAUA